GUGGACUCCACCGAAUAACCCGGUUAGUGGUAUCAGCGAGGCAGCGGGGCUCUAGCUCAGAUCCCCUGGUGCUGAAAGUGUCGACAAGUGAGGACUCCCUGGUCGCAAAGGGAUUGGAGCAGGAUGGGGGAGGUGGCCAAAUUCGAAAGGGACGCUCUAUUUAAGAAGCUAAGAGCCAAACCAGAGAACAAGGUCUGUUUUGAUUGUCCAGCGAAGAACCCCACCUGGUCCUCUGUACCGUAUGGCGUCUUCAUCUGUCUCACCUGUGCCGGAGUGCACCGAAGCUUGGGUGUCCACCUUAGCUUUGUCAGGUCAACCACUCUGGACACCUGGACUGAGGACCAAUUGAAGAUCAUGAGCGUGGGAGGGAAUGGCAGAGCACGUCAGUUCUUCAAGCAGCAUGGCUGGUCAGAGCUGGGGUCUGACAAGAUCGAGCAGAAGUACACGUCACGCGCGGCGCAGCUGUACCGCCAGCAGCUGGCCAAGGACGCAGCCAAGCUCUCGGCGGUGCCCAAGCCCAAUGCUAUUUCCGACAGCGCCCCCGCGCCGCCGCCGGCCGCGCCUGAGCCGGCCUUGAACGGC